UGGGUCAUGAAACUUAAUCCACAACAAGCUCCCUUAUAUGGCGAUUGUGUUGUUACAGUGCUGCUUGCUGAAGAGGACAAAGUUGAAGAUGAUGUAGUGUUUUACUUGGUAUUUUCAGGUUCCACCCUCCGUCACUGUACAAGUACUCGGAAGGUCAGUUCUGAUACAUUGGAGACCAUUGCUCCUGGUCAUGAUUGCUGUGAGACAGUGAAGGUGCAGCUCUGUGCUUCCAAAGAGGGCCUUCCCGUGUUUGUGGUGGCUGAAGAAGACUUUCAUUUCAUCCAGGAUGAAGCGUAUGAUGCAGCUCAAUUCCUGGCAACCAGUGCUGGAAAUCAGCAGGCUCUGAACUUUACCCGUUUUCUUGACCAGUCAGGACCCCCAUCUGGGGAUGUGAAUUCCCUCGAUAAGAAGGUAGUGCUGGCAUUCAGGCACCUGAAGCUGCCCGCGGAGUGGAAUGUGUUGGGGACAGAUCAGAGUUUGCAUGAUGCUGGCCCGCAAGAGACAUUGAUGCAUUUUGCUGUGCGACUGGGACUGCUGAGGUUGACGUGGUUCCUGUUGCAGAAGCCAGGUGGCCGCGGAGCUCUCAGCAUCCACAACCAGGAAGGGGCGACGCCUGUGAGCUUGGCCUUGGAGCGAGGCUAUCACAAGCUGCACCAGCUUCUAACGGAGGAGAAUGCUGGAGAACCAGACUCCUGGAGCAGUUUAUCCUAUGAAAUACCGUAUGGAGACUGUUCUGUGAGGCAUCAUCGAGAGUUGGACAUCUAUACAUUAACCUCUGAGUCUGAAUCACAUGAACACCCAUUUCCUGGAGACAGUUGCACUGGACACAUUUUUAGACUUAUGAACAUCCAACAGCAACUAAUGAAAACAAACCUCAAGCAGAUGGACAAUCUUAUGCCCUUAAUGGUGACGGCACAGGAUCCUUCCAGUGCCCCAGAGACAGAUGGCCAGUUUCUUCCCUGUGCACCAGAGCCCACGGACCCUCAGCGACUUUCUUCUUCUGAAGAGAUCGAGAGCACUCACUGCUGCCCAGGGAUCCCUGUUGCACAGACUGAAAGUCCCUGUGAUUUGUCAAGCAUAGUUGAGGAGGAGAAUACAGACCAUUCCUGUAGAAAGAAAAAUAAAGGCGUGGAAAGAAAAGGGGAAGAGGUGGAGCCAGCACCUAUUGUGGACUCUGGAACUGUAUCUGAUCAAGACAGCUGCCUUCAGAGGUUGCCUGAUUGUGGAGUAAAGGGCAUGGAAGGCGUUUCGUCCUGUGGAAACAGAAGUGAAGAAACUGGAACAAAAUCUUCUAGAAUGCCCACAGACCAGGACUCCCUGAGCAGUGGAGAUGCUGUGCUGCAGAGAGACUUGGUCAUGGAGCCAGGCACAGCCCAGUAUUCCUCUGGAGGUGAACUGGGAGACAUUUCAACAACAAAUGUCAGUACCCCAGAGACUGCAGGGGAAAUGGAACAUGGGCUCAUGAAUCCAGAUGCCACUGUUCAAAAGAAUGUGCUUGAAGUGGGGGAAAGUACAAAGGAAAGAUUUGAGAACUCUAAUAUUGGCACAGCUGGAGCCUCUGACGUGCACGUCAUAAGUAAGCCUGUGGAUAAAGUCAGUGUUCCAAACUGUGCCCCUGCCGCCAGUUCCCUGGAUGGUGACAAACCUGCUGAGUCUUCACUUGUAUUUAGUAAUGAAGAAACCUCCAUUGAAAAAACAGCAGAAACAGAAACUUCACAAAGUCGUGAGGAGAGUGCUGAUGCUCCAGUAGAUCAGAAUUCUGUGGUGAUUCCAGCUGCUACAGAAGACAAGAUUUCAGAUGGAUUAGAACCUUAUACUCUCUUAGCAGCAGUCAUAGGUGAGGCAAUGUCACCCUCAGAUUUAGCCCUUCUUGGGCUAGAAGAAGAUGUAAUGCCACACCAGAACUCAGAAACAAAUUCAUCUCAUGCUCAAAGCCAAAAGGGCAAAUCCUCACCCAUUUGUUCUACAACUGGAGACGAUAAACUUUGUGCAGACUCUGCAUGUCAACAGAACACAGUGACUUCUAGUGGCGACUUGGUUGCAAAACGGUGUGAUAACAUAGUUAGCCAGCCUGAAAGCACCACAGCAAGGCAACCCAGCUCACAAGAUCCACCCAAUGCCACCCACUGUGAAGACCCACAGGCUAAUACAGUCACCUCUGACCCUGUAAGGGAUACCCGGGAACGUGUGGAUUUUUGUCCUUUCAAAGUGGUGGAUAACAAAAGCCAACGAAAAGAUGUGAAACUAGAUAAAUCUUUAACAAAUAUGCUUGAGGUGGUUUCACAUCCACAUCCAGUUGUCCCUAAAAUGGAGAAAGAACUGGUGCCAGACCAGGCGGUAAUAUCAGACAGUACUUUCUCUCUGGCAAACAAUCCAGGCAGUGAAUCAGUAACCAAGGAUGACGCACUUUCUUUUGUCCCCUCCCAGAAAGAAAAGGGAACAGCAACUCCUGAACUACAUAUGACUACAGAUUGUAGAGAUGGCCCAGACGGAGAUUCGAAUGAGCCUGAUACACAGCCACUAGAAGAUAGGGCAGCAGACCUGUCCACGUCCUCCACUGCUGCAGAGCUUCAGCGUGGGAUGGGGAAUACCAGUCUCACAGGACUUGGUGGAGAGCGUGAGGGUCCCGCCCCUCCAGCAAUCCCAGAAGCUCUGAAUAUCAAGGGGGACACUGCCUCUUCCCUGCAAAGUGUGGGUGAGGCCACUUUGGCUUUAGAUUCAGUUUUGACAGAAGAGGGAAAACUUCUGGUGGUUUCAGAAAGCUCUGCAACUCAGAAACAAGAUAAGGAUAUAGCAGUGACCUGCUCCUCCAUUAAGGAAAAUGCUCUUUCUUCAGGAAUGUUGCAGGAAGAGCAGAGAACACCACCUCCCAGACAAGAGACUCUACAAUUUCAUGAAAAAUCGGUCUCAUUUGAUGGUGCCAAGGACAAAGCACUUCAGCUAAGUAAUUCACCGGGUGCACCCUCUGCCUGCCUUAAGGCAGAAACUGAACAUAACAAGGAAGUGGCCCCACAAGUCUCACUGCUGAUUCAAGGUGGGGCUGCCCAGAGCCUGGUGCCACCAGGAGCAAGUCUGGCCACAGACUUAAGGCAGGAAGCCUUGGGUGCAGAGCACAACAGCUCCACUUUGUUGCCAUGUCUGUUGCCAGAUGGGUCUGAUGGGUCUGAGGCUCUUAAUUGCAGUCAACCUUCUCCUCUGGAUGUUGGAGUAAAGAACACCCAAUCCCAGGGGAAAACUAGUGCCUGUGAGGUGAAUGGAAAUGUGACGGUGGAUGUUACGCAGGUUAAUGCUCUACAAGGGAUGGCUGUUCCCAGAAGAAAGAAUGUAUCACACAACACCCAAGACAUCCUGAUUCCAGACGUCUUGUUGAACCAGGAGAAGAAUGUCAUCCUGGGUUUGCCAGUAGCUUUGCGGGACAAAGCUGUGACUGACCCACAGGGAGUUGGAACCCCAGAGAUGGUACCUCUUGAUUGGGAGAAAGGGAAGCUGGAGGGAGCAGACCACAGCUAUACCAGGGGCGAUGCUGAGGAAGCCCAGAUAGACACUGAAGCACAUCCUGUCCUACUGCAGCCUGCUGCCAAAGAGCUCCCCACAGACAUGGGGCUCUCAUCCCAUGAUGAUGAGGCCCCAGCUGGCGCGAGGGAAGUCCUGCAAGCCUUGCCCUCAGGCGGGGAAAGGAGCACUCCCUCUCUACCUUGCAUGGUCUCUGCCCAGGCCACACCUCUGCCUAAGGGAGCAGACUUGAUAGAGGAGGCUGCCAGCCGUAUAGUGGAUGCUGUCAUCGAACAAGUCAAGGCCGCUGGAGCACUGCUUACUGAGGGGGAGGCCUGUCAAAUGUCACUGUCCAGGCCUAAGUUGGGUCCUCUCAGUGAAGGGCUAGAGAAUGCUUUUACAGAAAAAGUGAGUACUUUCCCACCUGGGGAGAGCCUGCCAAUGGGCAGUACUCCUGAGGAAGCCACAGGGAGCCUUGCAGGAUGUUUUGCUGAAAGGGAGGAGCCAGAGAAGAUUAUUUUACCUGUCCAAGGGCCUGAGCCAGCAACAGAAAUGCCGGACGUGAAAGCUGAAGAUGAAGUGGAUUUUAGAGCAAGUUCAGUUUCUGAAGAAGUGGCUGUAGGGAGCAUAGCUGCUACACUGAAGAUGAAGCAAGGCCCAAUGACCCAGGUGAUAAACCGAGAAAACUGGUGUACAAUAGAGCCAUGCCCUGAUGCAGCAUCUCUUUUGGCUUCCAAGCAGAGCCCAGAGUGUGAGAACUUCCUGGAUGUUGGACUGGGCAGAGAGUGUACCUCAAAACAAGGUGUACUUAAAAGAGAAUCUGGGAGUGAUUCUGACCUCUUUCACUCACCCAGUGAUGAUAUGGACAGCAUCAUCUUCCCAAAGCCAGAGGAAGAGCAGUUGACCUGUGAUAUCACCGGAUCCAGUUCAUCCACCGAUGACACGGCUUCACUGGACCAACAUUCUUCUCAUGGCAGUGAUGUGUCUCUCUCCCAGAUUUUAAAGCCGAACAGGUCAAGAGAUCGGCAAAGCCUUGAUGGAUUCUACAGCCAUGGGAUGGGAGCUGAGGGUCGAGAAAGUGAGAGUGAGCCUGCUGACCCAGGCGACGUGGAGGAGGAGGAGAUGGACAGUAUCACUGAAGUGCCUGCAAACUGCUCUGUCCUGAGGAGCUCCAUGCGCUCUCUUUCCCCCUUCCGGAGGCACAGCUGGGGGCCUGGGAAAAAUGCAGCCAGCGAUGCAGAAAUGAACCACCGGAGUAUGAGCUGGUGCCCCUCUGGUGUGCAGUACUCUGCUGGCCUAAGUGCUGAUCUUAAUUACAGAAGUUUCAGUCUAGAAGGCUUGACAGGAGGAGCUGGUGUCGGAAACAAGCCAUCCUCAUCUCUAGAAGUAAGCUCUGCAAAUGCCAAAGAGCUCAGACACCCAUUCGGUGGUGAGGAACGGGUUGACUCUUUGGUGUCACUUUCGGAAGAGGAUCUGGAGUCAGGCCAGAGAGAACAUAGGAUGUUUGAUCAGCAGAUAUGUCACAGAUCUAAGCAGCAGGGAUUUAAUUACUGUACAUCCGCCAUUUCCUCUCCAUUGACAAAAUCCAUCUCAUUAAUGACAAUCAGCCAUCCUGGAUUGGACAAUUCACGGCCCUUCCACAGUACCUUCCACAAUACCAGUGCUAAUCAGACUGAGAGUAUAACAGAAGAGAACUAUAAUUUCCCGCCACAAAGCCUCUUCAAGAAAGAUUCUGAAUGGAAGAGUGCAACAAAAGUCAGUCGUACAUUCAGCUACAUCAAGAAUAAAAUGUCCAGCAGCAAGAAGAGCAAAGAAAAGGAAAAAGAAAAAGAUAAGAUUAAGGAGAAGGAGAAAGAUUCUAAAGACAAGGAGAAAGAUAAGAAGACUGUCAACGGGCACACUUUCAGUUCCAUUCCUGUUGUGGGUCCUAUCAGCUGUAGCCAGUGUAUGAAGCCCUUCACCAACAAAGAUGCCUAUACUUGCGCAAAUUGCAGUGCUUUUGUCCACAAAGGCUGCCGAGAAAGUCUAGCCUCCUGUGCAAAGGUCAAAAUGAAGCAGCCCAAAGGGAGCCUUCAGGCACAUGACACAUCAUCACUACCCACGGUCAUUAUGAGAAACAAGCCCGCACAGCCCAAGGAGCGUCCUCGGUCCGCAGUCCUCCUGGUGGAUGAAACCACUACCACCCCGAUAUUUGCCAGUAGACGGUCCCAGCAGAGUGUCUCGCUCUCCAAAAGUGUCUCCAUACAGAACAUUACUGGAGUUGGCAAUGAUGAGAACAUGUCAAACACCUGGAAAUUCCUGUCUCAUUCAACAGACUCACUAAAUAAAAUCAGCAAGGUCAAUGAAUCAACAGAAUCACUUACUGAUGAGGGAGUAGGUACAGACAUGAAUGAAGGACAGCUACUGGGAGACUUUGAGAUUGAUUCCAAACAGCUGGAAGCAGAGUCUUGGAGUCGAAUAAUAGACAGCAAGUUUCUAAAACAGCAAAAGAAAGAUGUGGUCAAACGGCAAGAAGUAAUAUAUGAGCUGAUGCAGACAGAGUUACAUCAUGUCCGCACUCUCAAGAUCAUGAGUGAUGUGUACAGCCGGGGGAUGAUGACGGAUCUGCUUUUUGAGCAGCAGAUGGUAGAAAAGCUGUUCCCCUGUUUGGAUGAGCUGAUCAGUAUCCAUAGCCAAUUCUUUCAGAGGAUUCUGGAGCGGAAGGAGGAGUCUCUGGUGGAUAAAAGUGAAAAGAACUUUCUCAUCAAGAGGAUAGGGGAUGUGCUUGUCAAUCAGUUUUCAGGUGAGAAUGCAGAACGUUUAAAGAAGACGUACGGCAAGUUUUGUGGGCAACAUAACCAGUCUGUAAACUACUUCAAAGACCUUUAUGCCAAGGAUAAGCGUUUUCAAGCCUUUGUAAAGAAGAAGAUGAGCAGUUCAGUUGUUAGAAGGCUUGGAAUUCCAGAGUGCAUAUUGCUUGUAACUCAGCGGAUUACCAAGUACCCAGUUUUAUUCCAAAGAAUAUUGCAGUGUACCAAAGACAAUGAAGUGGAGCAGGAAGAUCUAGCACAGUCCUUGAGCCUGGUGAAGGAUGUGAUUGGAGCUGUAGACAGCAAAGUGGCAAGUUAUGAAAAGAAAGUGCGUCUCAAUGAGAUUUAUACAAAGACAGAUAGCAAGUCAAUCAUGAGGAUGAAGAGUGGUCAGAUGUUUGCCAAGGAAGAUUUGAAACGGAAGAAGCUUGUACGUGAUGGGAGUGUGUUUCUGAAGAAUGCAGCAGGAAGGUUGAAAGAGGUUCAAGCAGUUCUUCUCACUGACAUUUUAGUUUUCCUUCAAGAAAAAGACCAGAAGUACAUCUUUGCCUCAUUGGACCAGAAGUCAACAGUGAUCUCUUUAAAGAAACUGAUUGUGAGAGAAGUGGCACACGAGGAGAAAGGUUUAUUCCUGAUCAGCAUGGGGAUGAAAGAUCCAGAGAUGGUAGAAGUCCAUGCCAGCUCCAAAGAGGAACGAAACAGCUGGAUUCAGAUCAUUCAGGAUACAAUCAACACCCUGAACAGAGAUGAAGAUGAAGGAAUUCCUAGUGAGAAUGAGGAAGAAAAGAAAAUGCUGGACACCAAAGCCCGAGAAUUAAAAGAACAACUUCAACAGAAGGACCAACAAAUCCUACUCUUGUUGGAAGAGAAGGAGAUGAUUUUCCGGGACAUGGCUGAGUGCAGCACCCCCCUCCCAGAGGAUUGCUCCCCGACACAUAGCCCUAGAGUUCUCUUCCGCUCCAACACAGAAGAGGCUCUCAAAGGAGGACCUUUAAUGAAAAGUGCAAUAAAUGAGGUGGAGAUCCUUCAGGGCUUGGUGAGUGGAAAUCUGGGAGGCACACUUGGGCCAACUGUCAGCAGCCCCAUUGAGCAAGAAGGUGCGGUCGGUCCUGUUUCCCUGCCCCGGAGAGCAGAAACCUUUGGAGGAUUUGACAGCCAUCAGAUGAAUGCUUCAAAAGGAGGCGAGAAGGAAGAGGGAGAUGAUGGCCAAGAUCUUAGGAGAACGGAAUCAGAUAGUGGCCUAAAAAAGGGUGGAAAUGCUAACCUGGUAUUUAUGCUUAAAAGAAACAGUGAGCAGGUUGUCCAGAGCAUUGUUCAUCUCCACGAGCUCCUCAGCACUCUGCAGGGUGUGGUGCUGCAGCAGGACAGCUACAUUGAGGACCAGAAACUGGUGCUGAGCGAGAGGGCGCUCACUCGCACCUUGUCCCGUCCGAGCUCCCUCAUUGAGCAGGAGAAGCAACGCAGCCUGGAGAAGCAGCGCCAGGACCUGGCCAACCUGCAGAAGCAGCAGGCCCAGUACCUCGAGGAGAAGCGCAGGCGUGAGCGCGAGUGGGAAGCUCGUGAGAGGGAGCUGCGGGAACGGGAGGCCCUCCUGGCCCAGCGCGAGGAGAAGGUGCAGCAGGGGCAGCAGGACCUGGAAAAGGAGCGGGAGGAGCUCCAGCAGAAGAAGGGCACAUACCAGUAUGACCUGGAGCGACUGCGUGCUGCCCAGAAACAGCUCGAGAGGGAACAGGAGCAGCUGCGCCGGGAGGCAGAGCGGCUCAGCCAGAGGCAGACAGAACGGGACCUGUGUCAGGUUUCCCAUCCACACAGCAAGCUGAUGAGGAUCCCAUCGUUCUUCCCCAGUCCUGAGGAGCCCCCCUCGCCAUCUGCACCUUCGAUAGCCAAAUCAGGGUCAUUGGACUCAGACCUUUCAGUGUCCCCAAAAAGGAACAGCAUCUCUCGGACACACAAAGAUAAGGGGCCUUUUCACAUACUGAGUUCAACCAGCCAGACAAACAAAGGACCAGAAGGGCAGAGCCAGGCCCCUGUGUCCACCUCUGCCUCUACCCGCCUGUUUGGGUUAGCUAAGCCAAAGGAAAAGAAGGAGAAAAAAAAGAAGAACAAAACCAGCCGCUCUCAGCCCGGUGAUGGUCCCACAUCAGAAGUAUCAGCAGAGGGUGAAGAGAUCUUCUGCUGACCCUCUUCCUCUCUGCUGAGGCAGCUGCCUCCUGAUCCUGGCCAGCCCACCUCUCCUGCUGUCCCCACGUGCACAAGUCUCUUACACUGGACACCCACUGCUCCUCAGCGUCCAGUCCUCCUGGGCGGCCCCAGGUCCUGGACAAGAAGGAACAGAUGAUCUUGAGUAUCAGGGUGGGGAAGGAGGCCCAGACUCUGCUUCGGCCAUGAUUUGUGACUGCCCAGGACUCUCAGGUUGGGCUGGCCCUACUCAGGAUUACACUGAAAGUAGUGGCCUCGUAAGUACAGGUGAUGGUUUUGGACAUGUCAGGAAUUCCUAAAGGCUGAAAGAGUGUAUCCAAGUAAGGUCUGAACCUCUGACUGCCUUUUAUUUGGGGGAACACGAAACCAAACAGAAGAUGUUUUGGACUUGAUCUGUGUCCAUACAUGGGGACCUGUCUGCAUAUAUACAUGGGGAAUGCUAGAAGAAGGCCCAGUUUGUACCAGAUGUCUGGUCACCUUAGCUCAGCACAGGGGCAGUGCCUGGAUGGACCCAGAGCUCCUGCAUAUCAGCACUUCACCCAGUAAUCCUCAGAGACUGGUUUCCCUCUAAACCCAUCCCGUGCACGUAUCACCCAUGUUUUGCAUGUAUUUCUCAUUUCAUUUUAGGGAUGACAAACAUUUGUGAAACCAGUGAGAGAAGGCUUGAUGUGUAUAAAAGACGUGAUCUGCACCACCUCGAUCUCGGUGUUUCAGGCACUAAAGCAACAAAACAACCCAUAGUAUCUCAUUUUGUCAUCAGAUCCAGAAGGAAUACCCUGGUUUUCCGGGAUGUUUACCCACAUGUUUUGGGCACGGAUAAAGUGAAGAGGCCCACUCACCAGUAUCCCUGCAGGGUGACACUUUUUGGUUGUUACUGACCACUCAGAAGUGGCUACGGCCUCCUGGCUGUGUUCCUGAGCCCCUGUCGUGCCUCUCCCAGACAGCAGCUGCCUGGCCCUUGCGGGUGAGGGCACGCCCUAUGGGCACACCACCACCAGGGGCCAGGCAGAAGCUGUGUUCUGAAGCUAGGAGAGCUGGCUGGGAGGUGGGUUCAGGCGAAGGGUGAAGCCGUGUGUGGCGGUUCCUGCCAGUGCGCGUCUGGAGAGGAGCUGGCCCAGAGGGCGUGGUUGUGAAAGCGCCCUUCUUGUGUUAGGAGGCCUUGGCAAAAUUGGAUUUCUUCAAAAAUGUAUCUGAAGGUCUGUUGUUGAAUUGUGCUCUGCCCCUGAAAGAGGGUACAGAUGCUGCCUGCUGCUCAGCUUUGCUUUUGCUUUUCGCGCCGUGUUUUGAUCUGUGUUCACUUGAGGCUUUCCCCAGCUGGUGUGUGCAGGACAGUUCAUGGUAAUGUUGCCCUCUGAGGCCCCGUACACCAGAAGGGAGGCCCUGGAAAAUUUUGUGCUUCCGACGUGGCCUUCAGUUCUUGCUUUUUUGCCCCUCAGAAGCAAGGGGCUUUGAGCACACUUAAAAAAAGAAAAAUCUGUAACUUGGUGCUUAUUGAUGAAUUGCAAGCUGGCCUUGCAGAUGGAGAUAUUUAUCUUUCAGUUUAUUUGAAAGAGGUCUGGUUUAAAAUUUGUAGCCUAGAUUUGUUUUAUUUAUUGUGUGUGUGUGUGUGUGUGUUUUUCUUUUUUAAGGGUGAGCCAGGACUAGCCCAACAGUCUAAACUAUCCAGUCAAUAUUGAGUGAAGUGGCAGCCAGCACCGCUCACUCUGUGUCUUUUGAAGUGCCUUGAAGGCCCAGAUGAAAUUUUAAAGGGAAGGGUCCAUGUCCUUCCGUCCCCCACCCCGCCUCAUUCUUUAAUCAAAGGAUAUCUUCUCCCUUGUUUGAGAAUGAAGAAACUCACCACCUCUGAGCUGCCUUUGCUUUUUUCUGUCAUGGAGAAUACCCAGCCUUCAGAAACAGACUUUAAGGCCAAAACCUGCUGAUUUUUCUAUUGAAAAUAUCAUGUCCCCUUGCAAAGACCCUAAACAAAAAGUUAAGUUGCUUUCUUCCACCAGUCCAUACAACUCCAAGUUACAGCUGAAUCAUUGUGACUUUCCUGAGAUCUACCCCAGGGCUUGGCUAUCUGUUCUGGUCACUAGCUCCGAGUUCCCCUACUGGGAUUCGCAGGAGGGCAGUACUGAACCUGCAUUCUUCUCUUUGUAAAUGUAGGCUGGGUGCCCCUGUUGUCUGGGUUUGGAACGAUAAGAGGUUGGUGCUGAUUGGAUUUACUUGUGUACAUGCUCUUCACAAAAACACCAUGGAUGCUGAAGUUAGAGCAUGUUGCCACAGAGGUUGACAUCAAUGUUAGAGUGUCUCUUGCCCCCCUAGCUGUGAUGUUUCACCUGCUUUGGUUGUUUUGGUGGUCUUUUUUAAAAAUGGAGAUUUCACAUCUGCCCAGACCUCCCUCACUCAAAACGAUUUCGGCAGGUUCUGGUUGGACAAGUUUAAAAUCAGAAGGUAGUGCCCAGAAUUCCCUCAAGCCACCCAACUUCAUCCAGGAAUACAGUCUGCAGUGCCGAAAGGGAACCACUUACCAAGACCUGUGCUUACAUACCUUCGUCAUCUCUCUUCCCCCUUGGAGUUGUCCUUAAGGGGAUUUGUUCCUGUCCUGGGGGUUUACCUGGGAUGGUGGCUGCCUGUGCUUUUGCACAUGGCCUUGACAGUGUUCUAGUUGCUGGAUCUAAUGGCCUGUCUUGGUUUCUCUCACAUGAGAAGGGGUUGUUUUCUGGGGUGACUCAGACUGAAUUCCCCAUACUGUUUCCACACCAGGAUGCCAUGUUCUCCAUCAAGCUGAAGAAAUCAGGUGCCUGAAAUUGUGCUUAAGUUUUGGGGGAAAGAUGGAGUUCCUAUCCAGAGCCCCCAGAUUUUCAGAAUCGAGUGAGCUUUCUGGAAGGAGACUGCGUCUUCUCUCAAUUCCAGUCAUCUCAGUCGUCAUUCCAGUUGGGUGACAUGUGCACUUUAAAUGCUGUCACGGUUGGCUUCAUUUUCAAGACAAUCAAAUGUAUUGACUGUUUUCUUUUUAGAAAAUGGAGAGGUUUAAAAACGUGCAAACUGCCACUUUCAGCCUUUGCCAGUACUCCCUCUACCCCCGUGAGAGCUAUCUGGGGGAAAGAAUCCUUACCAAGGUUUUUUGGAAAGGUACGAAUCUUACCUUUUUUCCCCUUCUGUGUCUCAGGGUAAUACUCUAUUCAGAGUCGCCCCUUUGCUCAUUUUCUCCCAUAUUUGUUACCUUCCUGAGGCCUCAGUAUUAGUCAUGAGCACAAAGUUUGGAGACCCUUGGCGUUGUUUCUUCAUGUGGGAAGGGAGGUGUUAGUGUGUGCAAGGGUUGAACUAGAUAGACCCUGCCUUAGUAGAGGGUGGGACCAUAACCUUAGAGGCCAGAACUUGAUCCAGAAGUUGCUGUCCACAGAAGUGCUUUCUAGUUCAUCAUUUUUGUCUCUAGGGCUCUUUUUCUGUAGCCAGGUCUUUCUUCCCAGGGAUUUUGGUAUUUGCAUUGGAGUUGAGGUUUACUCUAAUGAUGGGUGCCCCAACUGUGCCCAGAGGACAGCCAGGCCCUGGGAGGGGGUUUAGAAAGACAGUCCUGGUGACUGGGCUUCAGUGGUCACAAAGAGGGUGGCUGUGAGGUGACCCCAGACACUUCAGAACGAUGUGCACCCUCUGCGUUUGGAUGUCCUUGGAAUGUGGGAGCCUAGAAAUAACCCUGUGGAUGAAAUGGGGGCGGCGGCUGCUGGAGAUCUGUGUGCCUUGCCUUCCUUCAACAGGACCAACUAGGUGUGCAGCCACCUACGGAUAUGUCCCAGCCAGCCCCGUCGCUCUCGUCCAUCCUCAGAGACAAAGAAGAGGGCAGGGAGUUUGGGCUUGGUUUUGAACUUGCCUUUCAAUGUAGCAAAGCAUUCCUAGUUAACCAGAGCCUUGGAAUCUACUACCUGCUGGUCAGGCUUUAAAAUGAAAAGUGUUUCAAUGCUGCCAUAAAAGGGGGGCGGUGGGGAGGAAGGGAAAAUAAAGGCAUCUUUCCAAGUACUCAUCUAAUUUAAUUGUCAAAAGAUUGAUAGGCCAUGAAUUCUCUAUCUCACUAAGGGUUAAAGGCGGGCGACCCCCCACUGACUGUCCCCUGCCACCGAAGUAGGUGACCUGCCCUACAAGCAGGUGGGACCGCCUGUGCUGCGCUCCAGGGGGACUGCCACAGGAAGCACUCACCCCCACCUUCCCUGGCCUGAGCUUUUCCCCUGCCUUUCUUCACCACCUGAGGGCAUGGGCAGUCCCCGAGCCCUGGCCAUGGGGCGUGCCUGGUGAGUUUUCCUGCGGUUCAGGCUUAGCCUGUGGUCACCUGUGUGCUGCUGCCUGCGUGAGGUGCGCAGGGGAGGCGCAGGGAUCCGCAGGAGGGUGGUUGGGAUACACCGGAUACCUCUGCUCUCAUUGCUCGUUUCCAAAUGUUCUAUGGACAUUUCUGUGCUAAAUCAUAUUAAAUAAAACAGACGGGUUAAAACCCAGAUGCUGUAUAUUAAUUUGUAAUUAUGUAUAAAGUGAAGCAGUUUUAAACUGUAAAGAUUUUUUUCAGUGUGUUUUCUGGAAUUUUGCCACAACAUACUGGCUUUGUAUUUUAUUUAGCUUUCUUUCUAGUUACCAGCUUCAGACCCUUGUAAAGUCCCCCUCAGCCCUUUCAAAAAAAAAAUAAUAAAUUGCCUGUGAAGU